AGGCAGAAGAGCAAAGUGGAUUCUUUACAAACUCUGACUCAGUUUGCCUUUAAUGUUCAAUGUUUAGUUAGCUUUAGCUCAAAGCAUACACAUAACUUGUGUGUACCGAUCACGUGCACUGUUUGUUUUGACAAUUAUUCCAAGUGUGCAAGAAGAAUCAGAAUUUUAUCUCCGAUCCUGUCCAAAUUUGUUCAUCUAAUAAUCCAAUUUAACAAACCACAAAAAAAACACGGCAAAUACAAUAGAGCAAAAUCAACAGACUUGAAUAAGUUACCACAGUUCGGAUUUAUGUUGGGAAAAUUGAUUUUGUGCAAGAAAAAACGCAGAGAGAAAACUUUGAUUGUCGAGUGAGUUAGUUUGAAGCAGUGUUUUCUCAAUGAUUUUUUAGAAAAAAAUAACUUGUUUCCAGUGUUCAAGAAUUCACUUGUUGCAGUGAGUGAAAGUAUACGCAUUAUAGCAAAAAAAUAGUUUCUGCAGCAGAAACGAGACUGUGCGAACCUUGUCAAAACCUCAUCAAACAGUGGAAGAAGAGCACGAAAUCAAGAGUCUUUUUUGGAUUGAGAGUCAAAGUACAUCGCAGCUCCGUGAAUUCUGCUUAAACUGCAAAAAAUAUCUGGUUCAACUCGUCUCAUCCCAUACACACAGAGUUUCGUCAUUCGUCCGUCCCCAUCCCAUAUUAUUCGACAACGACGACGACCACGACGAAUACCUGAGUCCUGGACAUCGGGCAUUCAACUGCUCACUGUAAUAUCUAUCAGCGCUGUGUGGCACGCAUCUUCUUUCCCAUAAUACAUAAGAGAAACCACUUGAGAUUCAUUAUUAUUAUCGCACAUUCGAGUGAUCAAUGAACGGAAUCAAGAGUCAGAAAAAUACUAAUUAUUAUUUAGCUCACUACCGCCUGCACGUCGAAAGCAAGUGGGAGUAGUGCAGUCCAGCGUUGAACCUUUACUACUAUUACUACUACUUUUUGGUACUAAAUUACUACUUGUGGGGUGUCGUUGCGCUCGUUGUGACCAGAGACAAAACCAACCCAUUUUUAAUCAGUCAUUUACACUGCAAUUUCAUUAGUCCGUUCGCCAUUCGUACUGGGAAAGACUAUUGCAAAUAUUGAGUUCGUUUGCCUUAUUUAUUUAUUUUGUGUCCUAAUGUGAAACUGAUCAUUGUAUCUGUCUGAGUGAGUUGAACCCUCAAGUUACGAUUUUUGUCACUGUAUACAGAUUGGGUUAUUUCAUGAGUUUGAGCAUCAGUAAUGGUAAUGAACUCUUAAUAACAGAACGUGACAAUCUUGUCGCACUAUUUAUUUAAUUCUGAACAUCUAAAUAUAAUCUCGUCUGCACGAUCGUUAGUAACGAUUCGUUAAAAAAUAUAAAUCAAUUCAUAAGCGCUCGCGGAUCAUUAGUGGCUGAGCGAGUGGACGCCAAUAAAGUUCAAUAACUUUGUGUCAGAAAGUGUUUGCAAUUUGGUUUAAACAAAACGAGUGCGAUUUUAUUAUCAGUGUCGACAGGUAAAUUUACACAUAACUUUACAGUAUCAAGCCAAUACAGUUUAGUUGAAUAGUUGGCGUUCGUUGGACAAGUAAAAACACUACUAAUUAUACUGGACAAUAUUUUGUGAGUUUUGACCAAGUGAAAAUAUAUUUGUCAAAUACGAACAUAAAAUUGAAAAAGAAAAACAAGAAAAGCAAUGUGUAAUAUUGUGAAAAUUUAAAAGUGAAAACCAAAUACUUGCAAAUAUCUACUAGUAAAAAAAGUUUACUCAAAUCCACAACAAUAUGUUGCAUCAAAAGUUAUAUUCAUCUGACUGCUCUGGAACAAACGGGCUCCAGGGUCAGUCCACCCCCUCCCCGCAACCUCUGAUGAAUUAUUCAUCUUAUGGAGGAGUGAACGGCGGUGGGUGUGCCCAGUUUGGGUCACCGCCAUGCAUGUCGCCAUCCAUGAAUACUUACACCACGAUGGGAUCUCCAGUCUCGGGGGGUCAGUACAUGGGCGGCGGUGGUGGGGGUGGACCCCCAGGUGGCGGAGGAGGUGUGUACGGCAACAACCUCUCCGCCAUCAACUCUGGGUCUUGUGACAGCCUCGUCAAUAUCAACGGGGGACCAAGUCCUGGGGGAAGAACAAAUUCAUCAAGUUUCAGAGAAAGUUCAGUCAUUGCAAACGGGGGAGGAGGAGGUGGGAGUGCCUCGUCUGCCGCGGCCGCAGCAUCAGUUGCCAGUUUAAAGAGUUACAGACGCAGUUACACCCACGCAAAGCCGCCGUAUUCGUACAUUUCCCUCAUCACAAUGUCGAUACAGAGUUCCAACAGCAAAAUGCUCACUCUAUCAGAGAUAUACCAAUUUAUUCAAGACCAUUUUCCGUUCUACCGACAAAAUCAGCAACGCUGGCAAAACAGCAUUCGCCAUUCGCUGUCGUUCAAUGAUUGUUUCAUCAAAGUUCCACGGACCCCUGACCGCCCUGGAAAAGGAAGUUUUUGGUCGCUCCACCCUGAUUCUGGCAACAUGUUUGAGAACGGUUGCUAUCUUCGGAGACAAAAGCGAUUUAAGGACGACAAAAAAGAAGCGGUUCGUGCAGCCCAUCGAGCAACAGUAAAUGAUCAACAGCAGUCAAUAUCUUCGACCUCUGGGGGCUCAAACAGCUCAGGUGGGUCCACACAUCACCAUCAUCACCAUCACAGCAACAACAAUAACUCUUCCAUCAUUUCGCAUCACAAUUCUUCUGGGAAUAAAAAGUCUCAUUCUGGGUCAGAUAACAUGACAUCCCACCAGAGCGAUGGUGACGGGUCCCCAACGAGUUAUCACCAUAGCGGAAGUAGCCACCAUCACAGCAAAUUGUCCUCAGAAGCACCACACCAUCAUCAUCAACAGCAGCAUCCUGGAGCACAUUUGAUGAGCCUCUCCCACCACGGAGCAGGGGGAGGUCACCAUUUAAUGCACACGAGUAAAGAACAUGGCAGCAGCAGUACCAACGGGGGCAGUCCACAUGAGGACAUUGAGAAGAUGAGCAUGAUGGGCAAUGGUGGUGGUGGUGCGUCUGAUUGUACAGGAGGUGUGCUCAGUCACCAACAUCGCUGGGUAAGUGAGGUGGGUGGGACAAGGAAUCCUCCCCCUCUGGGCGACUCUGGGCAGUUGCCAAGCAUGCUGCAUGGGAUGCAAAAGGACCCAUCGUCAAUCUUACCUUACCCCGCGUCCCUCGUGGCCUCCUCCCACCCCUUCUCCAUCAAGUCGCUCAUUCCUCAGUCGGUCGAGUCAGUCCGGGGGGACGCCAAGUAUGAUCUGAUGCAGCAUUACGGAUACUUUGGUGCUUUGUCGGGCAACCCGCAAGAGUCAUCCUUCUACAACCCUAUCUACCAUCACCUUCCGGCUGGAAAUGCUUCUUGAAAUUGGAGCUAUCGGUAAAGCACAUGACGACUGGAUUUCAGGGUUUUUUUCGGCUAUUCAAUAAUAAUAUAAAUAAUUACAUGUUGGAGAAGAAUGCACGGAAGAGGAGGAAGAAGUGCAUGCAUUGAGUGAGGGUGAAAGUUUGGUUGAGUUACGAAAAACCAUCACUUAUACAUUGGUGUUGUUGUUCCUAUAUAUCGUCCACUGUGACUCUGCCGCUGUAUCUGUAUCUUUAAGAAUUACAAUCAUACAAUACAAGUUUUUUUUAUACAUGCAUACAUACAUAUUUAGGUUGGUUGGAUUAAUCUAAGAAUUUAGUAGUUGGCGAGUGACGCAUUGCAGUCAGUUAUUUUAAAGAGCUAGUUGCGUGGGGAAUAUUUCUUCACCACUCACUCACUAUUCUAAUAAUACGAUAUUCAAACUUAAGCGUUGGCCCACAUCAAUAACACACACCAGACACCACACAGCAGCAAGUUGCUAAUUAGUAAUUAGCUUUCUUUUUCUCUACUACAGCAGAUGUUGGUUGCAUAGUUGUUGCAAGUAGUGCAUACGUACGUACGUACGGAGUGAAGGGACUAAUUAGAAAUUGUGUCCAUUUCAAAACAACUGUUAUCCAUUCAUGUCGUUGACUACGAGUGUUCCUUCACCAACAUGCACCAAUUUAUCAUGAUUUCAAGUUACCAAUCUGCAAGUGAGUAAAGACGAGGCGCAUAUAUAUUUCUUAUUGCUGUUGUAAUAAGUAGGUUAGCUUGGUGUUCCCCAUUGUUAGAAAACCCAUGCGAUGUAACGGUUGGUAAUUUAAAAUCAGUUAAAUAGCUCUACAUACUGUAAGCAAGUGCUGUCUGGUAACAAUACAUAAUUCCCCUCGAUUUAAAUCAGUAUAAUAAAAUCCUACUAGUUAUUCAUACAGUUACUGCUAUUUAAAUCAGACUCCAAAAUUAAAUGUAAAUAGUGUUUAACAUUCCUUAAAAGUUAGGCAACUUGCCAUGUGUAUGUAGGUAGAUAAUCAGUCAUUCACAUUAAUACGAGUGCAAUCACGCACGUGAAAUCACACUCAACAAUUCAAUAAGUAAACACUUUAUUCUUUUCUAUUCUAAAUACAUACAAUAAGUGUGUCCAAAAGUCCAUCCAUCCUAUUAACCCGGUGGUUGCAGUAAUCACCACUAUUACUUGGAGAUUUAAUAGGAAAAUAACCGUAUCUUCGCAUUUUGUAAGAAUCUUUCUCUAAUAAUCUUCCAUCAAAAGCGCAACUCGCUCGAAUAAUGUCUCUCUCUAAAUAUCCGUGUUGCAAGAUAAAAUCAUCCAAGCAAAUGAAAUAAGAGCACUUUUAGUGUCAAAUCAAAAUCAUGCCCAUCUGCCCCGUUGCAUCAUCAUCGUCAUCACCACUUUGAAUAACAUUCACCACCAACAACACUCCACCAACAACCUUUCAGUAACAGACCCCACCAGAUUCACGACCAGAUAUCCGUCAUCGUACAUAUAUGUAGCAGUACUACUAUCCAUCUUACUUCGUCUGGUGCGAUGGUUUGCAUAAGAGUUGAGCUAUAUCCAAUUCACAAAUAUAUUAUAUUUAGCAACUCUUUGUAAUAAUAUUUAGCUACUGAAAUGCACACGGCAGAAGAAAAGUGGUGAGGAGGCAACCUGAUACUCACUCGCACCCACUUUUAUUCAUCAUCAUCCCCUCCCCGCACUUAAUAGUUAGUGUGAUAGAUAAUAUUAUGUAAUGUAAUGAUGCAUAAGUCAGUGACAAAGGAGAAAGCCAACCCCCGCGGUUACACGAGUAGGCAGAGCAGGAGGGAUAUCGAUAACGCGUAUCUAGUAGUCUAACUAGCCGUGACAAAUCGGUUGUUGAGUAUUAAUGUCGGUGGUGGUGGUGGUGCCCUGCCCUUUACAAAUUGGAUGUCAUGACAUUGUGGAGGGUUCUCUUUUCUUUCCGCACAUAGCAGCAUUAUUAUUAUUAUUAUGAUCCAUCAUCCAGUUUGUGUCGAAAGUUGCUACGCAUACGAGCGAUUACGCGAGGUGGGUAGAAUCUAAUAAAGGAGGUAAUGGCAUACAAUUUGUGUCCAAUUUACAGCAAAUAACAACAGCAUCAAGCAGGGUUUAGGGGUUGGUGGAUUCACAAAUGUGCUCCUUUGGCACACAGUGGAGAAAAGAAAGAUCAACUCAGCAGGGUCCCUUUUUGUUCCUUUAUUACCAAAAGCCAGUCGCACCUUUCUUUCAUUUCAGUUUCCACACGCUCAUCAUCAUCCAACUCGACUCUUGAGGAAGGUUCACAUUUCAAUGAUUUUAUUUAUGGCGUGUAUUCACAAUGUGCAAGCCCACUUUUUGACUAGACAAAAACUGAUGUAAAGCAUCAUCUUCCCUUGAAUUUGGUCAGGGUAGAAACAAUUAAUCGUUCUGAAAUAGUAUUUACGCGCAUACAGACAUCGCAAACAACCAACCCGACGACCCUUCCGUUAUUUAGCAAGACUAAAAUUGCUAUUAUUAUUGCGAUAAAUUAUUCCGAUAUGAUAGCAACAGAGAGAAAAUGGUGUUUCGCAAUUUUUGUUUAAUUUUUUUUCAUUAAAUAUGUACAUUCUGACGAUUACUUUGAGAGCUCAGUAGUUCUCAAUGGUUGACCUGUUUUUGACAACAAUUAUGUACCACCACACCACAAGAGUUGUACUUUGUUAAGUUAUUUUAAAGAGCUUUAUCUCAGCGAAAAUUUUAUACCUUUUCGUAUAAAACUUUCUUUUAUCAUUUGUUUGAAACUCUUUUUUAUCAGUACAAUCAUUAGUUGUAAUAAUUUUUUUUUACUUUUAAUAUUCACGUGAUUUCUUUGAUGUUUUUUUUUAUUGAAAAUCAUUUUGCAUCUACAGAACAUGCUCCUGCUCCUGCUUUUGUAACAAACAAUUUUACCCCAUACAUGCAUAAAUGUCAAAUGAUGACUUCAAUCAUUAGUUUGUAAUUAUAGAAAGUUAUCGUAGAUUGUUUAUAUAAUUGUCCUAAAACAGGAAAAUGACCUAGAAUUUAGUAUCAAAUAACGGUAAACGUGCAAUUUUAAAAUUCAGUAAUUUAACUUUAUACAUACAUGUACAUAUUCAAUAACUGCUGGAAAUGUAUCUAUAAACCCAUAACGUGUAAAUAUCGGCUUAGUACUGGAUAAUUAAAUAUUACCAAAAACGAAUUACAGCAGCAAACAACAAUUCACGUAAUAAAUAUUAUUAAAUGAAAA